UUGAAACACACGUCAACGAGUCAACGACGGUGCGGCAUAUAGUCACCGAAGUUAAAGUUCGCCAUGGCCAUCCUACGGUGUCUGUUGGUUGCAGCCUUGCUGGCCGUCGGCUCGCAGGCUAAGUCCGUCCGUCAGUUUGACCUAUGGAACCCGUCGGGCUGCCCGAUGAUCUGUCCCGCCCACUACUCGCCCAUCUGCGGCAGUGACGGUAUAACCUACAGCAACAGCUGUCACCUCAACAGCGCCGCCUGUAUUGCUGAGUUCAACAACCCUGACGCUGAGCCAAUCACCGUGGCGCACCAGGGCGGGUGUAACGGCGAGAGUCCGUUCACGUUUGGAGGCGAGGGCCGUUAACGCCGCGGCAAGAUGGCGGCUGCAAUGGCGGCGGUUUCGAGCCUAUAUUUUCCCCUAAAUUCCAACCCUCUAGAUGGCGUUCCUGUCAGGGCUAUAGUUUCCUGCAUAACAUUGUUCUUUGAAAAAAAAAUGAGUUGUCAUUCUAUGAAUAAACGCGACUGAUGAAAUCUCCA